AUGCAGGAUAUUGAAGGUGACUACGUUUUCAUUAAUUUCAAUUCCACAACGGUCGCCUCCGAUUGGAUUCAUAUGAAGCAUGUCCGGUCACAUCCGUUUGUGGAUACACAACGAAAUUUUAUUGACAGCGAAAUUGAAACAAAAGGAUAUUUUAAGGUGCAUGUGGCGCUGCGAAGGGAGGACGAUGGACCGUACAAAUUCCAACCGGCCAAGCUGAUUGUGCCUAUUUUCACAUAUGCUACAGCCUUUGGCAGUACAAAUGUGUAUUUCGUCGAACUGGACAGUGUGGCUGCAGAUUCAUCUACGCGCUUGGUGGCUCAUUUGUGGCAGCUGGUAACCAGAUCGGCUUUCGACGAACCAUCCCUGUUCGCCAAACGGAAUAGCGCAAAUGGCUUGUAUUAUCGCAAGUACAUCGUUCCACAGCAUCCACACGAGGUUCAACAGAAGCAGACGGGCAGUCCGAAUGACAGUAUGAUUUGGAGUGAAGAAAACUUAAUCGAAGCGUGUCGGCAAUACUUUGGCAACUUGAAUCUAUGGUUUACGAAAAACCCCUUCCUUGAAAAAUCGGCUGUUGAAGAAUUGGUUCAUCAUGAAGAAGAUGUCAUGAUUCAUACCGUGGCACUUCCGAUUCUGAGUGAGAUCUUGUUAAGCGUGCACUUGCACGGACAAGCGAUGCUCAUGCGGGUUUGCCCACUAUGGCGAGAUUUGUUGUCCCAAAAAGGAGCUCAAAACCGACAUGUUGUUUUCGAUUGCUGCACAAUUGCCCUGGGAGGCACAUACAAAUUUGCAUGGUGCAUGGACCAAGUGGUAACGGCGCAAACUAUCGCUAUCACAUUUAUCAACAUGACUCGAUCAUCGGGGUUUCCCGUGAUAACCGCAGUCGCAGCAAAACUAAUUAGUGUGAAAGCCAUUCAGGUGCCAUGCGUUCAUGGCCACUGGGGAACACUAAGUGAAAAAGAGCGUUUCGUCGCCGAUAUACGAUUGGACUUUGUGGUAAUACCUUGUGGGCAGGAGAGGUACGAGUUCCGGCGACUCUCGCACCACGGUCAGGAGUGCGGAGUUAUCUGGAGUGCACUCCGCAAAAACCCAUCAAGCUAGAAUAUGUCAACAGAAGCUCAGUUUCCGAAGUCGACUUGUUCGCCUCAGUUUGCUGUAACAUUCUUACGUUGUCGAUAGCUUUUGCAAUACUUACAGUAUGUGCGAUGUUUAUUCAGCCUGUGGCGUUGUAUAAAUGAAAUCACACUCGUUUCGUAUUCAUUUUUCCUUUUUUGUUAGUACUUCGUUUUCCUCUUAAACCUAUUUUCAGCGUACAUAAUUACUCCGUACUGCCUGAUGUGUUUGUGCACGUUUCCCGUACUGCGAUAUAUGUAAAUACCGUUCACUUUACAUCAGUUCCUGUUUGACGAUGACGACGCUCUUAUCGGG